CCUUUUCAUUUAGAUGGUGAGGUAUAGUGAGAGCUGACACAGUUGUACCCUUCAGGGUCAGCUUGAAUUUGGAAGUUGAUCGAGGUUCUUUUUCCACCAUUCCAACAAUCCUUUGUUGCAAUCUUUGAUCAAUUUUUCUCUUUCUCAAGGCACCCUUUAAAAUUAUGGACAGUCUUGGGGCACCCUUUAAAAUUAUGGACAGUCCCGAGGAACCCUUUAAAUUAUGGACAGUCCCGAGGAACCCUUUAAAUUAUGGACAGUCCCGAGGAACCCUUUAAAAUUAUGGACAGUUCCGAGACACCCUUUAAAAUUAUGGACAGUCUUAGGGCACCCUUUUAAAAUUAUGGACAGUCCCGAGGAACUCUUUAAAUUAUGGACAGUCCCGAGGAACCCUUUAAAUUAUGGACAGUCCCGAGGAACCCUUUAAAAUUAUGGACAGUCUUGAGGCACCCUUUAAAAUUAUGGACAGUCUUGAGGGCACCCUUUAAAAUUAUGGACAGUCUUAGGGCACCCGUUAAAAUUAUGGACAGUCCCGAGGCACCCUUUAAAAUUAUGGACAGUCCCGAGGCACCCUUUAAAAUUAUGGACAGUCCCGAGGCACCCUUUAAAAUUAUGAACAGU